CGCCCUCCCGCUGCCCCGGCCCGGUGCAUGGAGGGGCUCGUUCGGAUCGCAGCCGCCGCCGCCACCGCCCGCGCGCGGGGGGAUGUCCUGGGGGUGGCUCUCGGAGCCGGCUGCCGCGCAGGAGGUCUGGGGGCUUAGCCGGCCCCGCGGAGAGUGAGUCAAGGCCUGGGUUUGGGUCUGGAAGUCUGUCCUGCCUGCCUCUGUAACCUGGAGCUAUGCAUCCGGAUCCUGGAUCCUUACAGACACUGCUGUGUAUUACUUGUAUGAUUCUGUGUUCCUCUGUAAGUUCAGACUUGCCACCUUAUUUUAUUUCUGAGCCACUCUCUGCUGUCCAGAAACUUGGAGGACCCAUAGUACUACAUUGUUCUGCUAAACCAGUGACUGCUCAUAUCUCAUGGUUGUUUAAUGGAAAAAGACUGGAUAGAAACAUGGAAGAGAUUAAGAUUCAUCAGGGGACUUUGACCAUUCUCUCUCUUAACCCCUUCCUCUCGGGUUCCUACCAGUGCAUCGCCAACAACAGCAUCGGUGCAAUUGUGAGUGGUCCUGCAACAAUAUCUCCUGCAGUUCUUGGUGAUUUUGGUUCAUCAACAAAGCAUAUUAUUACAGCAGAAGAAAAAAGUACUGGUUUCAUUGGCUGCAAGGUACCGGAUAGCAACCCCAGAGCCGAGGUGCGCUAUAAAAUCCGGGGAAAAUGGCUGAAACACUCCACAGAUAAUUAUCUAAUCCUACCAUCAGGAAAUCUUCAUAUUUUGAAUGUAUCCUUGGAAGACAGGGGAUCAUAUAAGUGUGCAGCUUUUAACCCUGUCACACAAGAAUUAAAAGUUGAACCCACUGGCCGAAAGCUCCUUGUGAGUCGCCCUUCUUCGGGGGAUUUCCACAUCCUCCACCCCAGCCUUCCACAGACGUUAUCUGUCCCGUCUCGUAGCCCUGUGACCCUGGAGUGUGUGGUGAGUGGGGUCCCAGCUCCUCAGGUGCACUGGUUCAAGGAUGGCCAGGACGUGCUGGCUGGCAGGUGGAGAAGGUGGCGUUCUCAUCUCACCACAGACAGCAUUGGCCCGACGGACUCUGGAAACUAUUCCUGUACGGUGGGAAACAAGCCUGGGGACAUGAAACAUGUGACGUACAUGGUUAAUGUACUUGAACAUGCUUCGAUUUCUAAAGGACUGCAGGAUCAGACAGUGUCUCUCGGUGCCACAGUGCAUUUCACCUGCGAGGUGCAUGGGAACCCAGCCCCCAUCCGCACCUGGUUUCAUAAUGCACAGCCCGUUCAACCUUCCCCUCGGCAUCUAACUUCAGGAAAUGGACUCAAAAUCACUGGUGUUACCAUGGAAGAUUCUGGGCUAUAUCAAUGUGUAGCAGAUAAUGGGAUUGGAUUUAUGCAGUCUACUGGGAGACUUGAAAUUGAAAAAGACAGUGGAUCCAAGCCAGUUAUAAAUUCAGCACCAGCAAGUGUAGAGGUGAUGGAUGGAGACUUUGUUACUUUGUCCUGCAAUGCUACCGGACGGCCAGUUCCGGCCAUUCGCUGGUACGACAGUCGUGGAUUGAUGACUAACCACCCCUCUCAAGUUCUGAGAUCUAAACCCCGAAAAUCACACUUAGGAAGGCCUGGAGGCUCUCACCUGGAGCCUGCCUACUUCAUCAUGUCCCUAGCCGGCUCAAGCUCUCUUUACAUUCAGGCUGUUACUCAGGAGCAUACUGGGAAAUACAUCUGCGAAGCUACAAACAAACAUGGCACCACGCAGUCAGAAGCAUUCCUUACAGUUGUUCCUUUUGAAGCAAAUACAAAAGCAGAAACAGUCACCCCUUCUGAGGCUACUCUGAAUGAUGAGAGAGAUGAAAGAGAAGGUUCGGAACCUGGGUUAGUGCGCUCGUUUCCCGGGAAGUCACGUUCCAGCACAGUGGAGUCAGCAUCAGAGAAAAAUGCCAGUGGAGCCUCCGCUCCGGAUGCCCCCAUCAUCCUGAGCCCCCCGCAGACCCACAGCUCUGAUACCUACAACCUGGUCUGGAGGUCGGGGAGAGACGGCGGGCUUCCUGUCAACGCCUAUUUUGUGAAGUAUCGGAAGCUAGAUGAUGGGGUCAGUAUGGUGGGAAGCUGGCACACGGUACGGGUCCCGGGAAGUGAAAACGAGCUCCAUUUAACCGAGCUGGAGCCAUCUAGUCUCUAUGAAGUUUUGAUGGUGGCAAGGAGUGCAGCUGGCGAAGGACAGCCUGCCAUGCUUACCUUCCGCACCAGCAAAGAGAAAACAACAUCAUCAAAAAACACCCAGUCAUCCUCUCCACCCAUGGGCAUCCCUAAGCAUCCUGUUGUUUCGGAGGCUGCAAAUACCAACUUCGGAGUGGUGCUUACAGAUUCUUCUAGGCAUAGUGGAGUUCCGGAGGCGCCAGACCGGCCCACUGUCUCCACUGCAUCAGAGACGUCCGUCUACGUCACUUGGAUUCCUCGGGCAAAUGGGGGCUCCCCUAUCACUGCCUUCAAGGUCGAGUACAAGCGGAUGGGGAGUAGUGAGUGGCUGGUGGCUGCUGAAGAUAUCCCUCCUUCCAAGCUCUCUGUGGAAGUUCGUAGUUUAGAACCAGGUUCUACAUACAAAUUCAGGGUCAUUGCUAUCAACCACUACGGUGAGAGUUUCCGGAGUUCAGCAUCUCGUCCUUACCAAGUAGCUGGGUUCCCCAAUCGUUUCUCCAACCGUCCAGUAGCUGGACCUCACAUUGCAUACACAGAAGCUGUCAGUGAUACUCAGAUCAUGCUGAAGUGGACGUACAUUCCAUCAAGUAACACACCCAUUCAAGGAUUUUAUAUCUAUUACCGGCCAACAGACAGUGACAAUGACAGUGAUUACAAGAGGGAUGUUGUAGAAGGUUCAAAGCAGUGGCACAUGAUCGGCCACUUGCAGCCAGAAACCUCCUAUGAUAUUAAAAUGCAGUGCUUCAACGAAGGGGGAGAGAGCGAGUUCAGUAACGUGAUGAUCUGUGAAACCAAAGUGAAGCGUGUUCCUGGAGCUUCUGAGUAUCCCGUCAAAGACUUGAGCACCCCCCCAAAUCCUUCAGGAGGUGGAGGAAAUGCUGGGCCGGCCGCCGGCCCCGCCAGGAGCAGCGACAUGCUGUACCUGAUCGUCGGCUGCGUGCUGGGAGUCAUGGUCCUCAUCCUCCUGGCUUUCAUCGCGAUGUGCCUGUGGAGGAACUGCCAGCAGAGCCCCCUACAGAAAUAUGAUCCACCAGGAUAUCUCUACCAAGGGGCAGCUAUCAAUGGGCAGGUGGCGGAAUGCACCGCUCUGCCCGGCACAAACCGGGUUAACGGGAACGUUCACGGAAGCUUCUUAAACAACAGCAGUCUCGGCAACGGCUGCUCACGCCUUCACCACAAGGUCCCUGGUGGGCUCGACGGAACCCUGAACGGCAGCGUAAAGGGAGGGCUCUACCCUGGGCACGCCAACUCUCUGAGCAGGACACACGUGGGUUUUGAACAUCCUCCUCAUCUACUGAAUGGUGGUGGUAUGUACGUGGCAGUGCCUCAGACCGACCCAUUGGAGUGCCAUAGCUGUCGAAACUGUAGAAACAACAACAGGUGUUUCACCAAAACCAACAGCACUUUCCCCAGCAACGCCCUUCCUGUGGUCCCCGUGGUGGCGCAGUAUUCUCCGGAUGGUUUGGAGAUGAAGCCCCUCGGUCACGUGAAGUUGCCUGUGUGUCUGGCCUCCACAGUCCCUGAUUGUGGCGAGUCACCCGAGGAGAGCAUCAAGGACAACGUGGUACAAGAACCUGUCCAGCACGCUCGUGGUCAGGACAAUAUAAACGAGAUCUGCUCUGAUUCCACAGAUGCUACAGCACAGGACAGAGGAGAUGGCUGUGUCCAUUCAGAAGUAGAGAACAAAAUUUUAAGUUGGAAUCCUCUUAUUUUGCCACCUGUCUCAGAGGAAUGUACUGAAAAGACAACAGGGUCUCCUCCCGGCAGUACUUUAGACAGCCCUUCAGGGGUCCUUCAGCACUCCCAGGAAACCUGAGGACUUGCAAAUGGCUGGUCAUGCUCCCACUCCAAGCCAGUAACUGCACAAAACAGGCCAGGGGACAGACUGUGUCAUGGACAGUGAUUCAAAUCAGAGGAAAUCGUUAUUUAUUUUUUGUAGUCAUAAUGUCAUGUGAAUGUAGCUUAAAUCCCCUUCCCUAUUCCUUCCCCUCCCUCAGUAGGAAGUACCCUUGUUUUGCAUCAUUUUCAGUCACCUGGAGAACAGUGGGAUCAUUCCAUGUUUUCUAAGAACCUCAGUGACUGGAAUUGCUCCUCGUGCAAAAGAUCCAACCUAUUGGCCUAUUCAGCUGAGAGGAGAUUGUACAGGCACUUUGAAGUUUGCCACCAGUCAGGUUUUCAGAUAGAAAGCUGUCUUUCAAUAUUGUGUUACCGGUCUCUCUGAGAACAUUUUAGAAUCAAUCACACUUGUGUCCCAAUGUUUAUUGUAGCAGAUCUGGCUUAUGCAUUUUAUAAGCGUGUCUUUCACAAAAGUGGUGAUCAUGUGACCCACUGAUUUACCCUCUAGCUGCUCUCAGGCACAAGUUAGGUUCAGUUUUCUAGGCAGUCAUCAAAAACUGUGUCUUGGGCAUGAUUGAGUUCAAGGUCUCUUUGGCUUAUGGCAGUUUUCAGAAAGGGAACCAAGGCUAGUGAGGAGAAUCAUGCCUUGACGUUCGUCUACUUUUAAAUUGCAUUUGUUUAUAAAAAUGGACACCACAGGGCUCUUUUUGACUCUGUUUCUAAGAUAGGAACAAAAUAAGAUUUUAAGGUGGUGCCAAGACAAGGAAGGUACACAUUUUAAGAAGACAGGGGUGGUUCAAGGGAGCCCAUCUUGACAGAAGCUCUCCAGUCUUUUCCAUUAAUAGAGGACUGUGUUCAUGGUAAACAUUCACUGAAAAACGUCAUUUUCUAAUUUCCAACAUGGGCAACAGCCUGGAAGAUGUGGGUGUUAGGAAAGACUUAAUUCAGAGGGAAAGGGCUAUGGGUGAUUGGGAAUUUCCUGACAUUUUUCCAGAAUGUCAUCAUUACUAGCAGCAGAGCUCAUAAAUCACAGUUACUGCUGCCUCUGAGUGGCAGAGACAUUUGCAGCUGCCUUUGGAAGGCUCUUCUUCUCCACAUUAAACAACAACAAUAUAAGUGCAUUUUAUAGCUUGAGUCAAGCUUUACUGGCUCACUGCUGCUUUGGGGAUUAUAUGCAUCUCUUUGGGGAAAGAAACAGAAAAGGACUCUCUUUAAGUGGAGUCAAGCAGUUCCAGCAUAUAUGAAAAAAUUUUACAGUUUCCCAGAAAUUGCAGUGUGAAUAGAACAGAAUACUGUCUUAGCCAACUUCCUAUAUAAAUGCAUUGGUAUUCCCGUACGUAUGUCUAUAUAUUUUAUAAAUAGAACUGUUAGUGAAAAUACACUGUUUAAGCUGGGUCACUAUGCAACAGUUAAUUUGAGUAGAAUAUAGCAAAUAUGAUUUCAUACUAGGGUAUUAGAUGUUGUAGAAGCAUGUUCUACAUUCCAGGUGUCCGUGCCUAUAGUAUACUGGGUCCAUUCUUUGUGUUGCUUACAUGCAAUUAGCUUUGGAGGGGGUAGCUGCACCCCUUACUUCUGUGCCUAUCAAAGGACAAAGUCCUAGUACACAGAAGAUGAAAACAUACCCUGUGUUUGCCAAUCAAAUUACAGCGAUGCUGUCACAGAGGCAGUUUUAGAAAUCUGGGGAGUAAAUGUUUGUAGGUGGUGGUUUUGAUUCAGGAAACAGAGGUGUGUUAGCAUGAGCCUUAGGUCAUGAACUGCUUUUCAAGAUGGAGUUUGAAGAUGGGAUUGGUCCAAUAGGGAGAGAAAAUGGCUUCUUUACCUUUAGGGCAACCUCAUUGUGGACUGCUUUAUUUAUAUUAUUCGUAACGCUGUUUUAAGUGUUAUCCCUUUUAUUGUAUUUUAUUUAUAAAAAUGCCUUUAUAUAUUGAGAUAUAUAAAUCUAUCUAUAUAUAUAUAAUUGCCUUUAUGUUUAGGAGUUGUGAGUUCUUAAUCAGUGCGUUGUUCUGGACUCUUAAGCCCUGCACGGUCAUCACCCAAAACAGUCCUGCCCGAUGUCACUUCACCAAGAAAUAAGAGGACGUAUAGUACAAUGUGGGAGAUGGAACUAAGAUUUGCUGAGUAACUACUGUGUACCAGGCACUUGCUAGGUGCUUGAUGCUGUUAUCUCAUUUAACCCGUGAACAAGUGCAAAGUCGGUCUUAAAAUCCCCAAGUCACCUAAUAAGCCUCAGAGCCUGAAUUUGAACCCAGUUUAUCUGGAGCCGUCAUCCGCGCCCCUUUUGUUUUCCCGUACUGCUUUCCUGAGGCAUUGCCACUCACGCUUUGGUCCGAACAGGUCCAGUGACGCAUGCUUUUGCUGUUCCGGCUGUGUGUCUGCCAAGGCUCUAACUCUACAAUGACAGCACUUGCCCUCUGUCCUGAAUUGGUCUCCCGGGGUUCAGUGUAUUUCCCGUUGACCCCACCUUCCCACCUCCUGCUCCACCCAGGAAUUUGGUCAGACCUUGUAUUGUUCCUUUUAUUCUUAGAAUUCUAGACUUAGUCUUAGAACUCUCCCCCACUCCUCUUAGAUCAUUUCACCAUCACCCCUUUUUUUCCUUCUUCUUUUCUGCACUGAUAGUCUGGUAAGAGGUGCUAUUUAGAACGCAAGCUUAACUGCAAUGUUUCCCCCUUUUGAGGUGGUGUCUUCAGAAAAGCAUUUUGGCAUGGGUUUUGUUUUUAUUGAACGAGUCCCCAAAGACCAGUGCAGCCAUAGCAAGCCGAUCGUGUCACAAAUCUCAUUCCAUCUACAGUUCUGCCAAGAAGUUAAUUUUCUAUUUGGAUUUUACCUGUGUCUCUCUCUUUUAAAGCAAUGACUUUAAGAUGCAUGUUUUGUAUCAUAUGGAACAGUAUGUAUUAUUUCCCUUAAAGUUGUAAUAUUGUAUUUGACAUUGUACAUAUUUUAAAUGAUGUAGCUUUGGCAGGUUUUAUUUGGUUGAUGUGAGUUUAUAUUAAAAGAGAAUGCUGCUUUCAUGUAGCAGGUGACGAAGGGGACACUCAGAUACUCUCUGUUUGUAUAAAGCAUGUGUAUAGAUUGUAACUGGGGCGAAUAUGUCUUACUCUGAAAUUCUUCAGAAUGUCCACACUGUCCUCCCUUAUAAAUCUUCUGUGCAUACCCAGGAGCCAAGAGAAUAGACCCUGAAGAAACAAUACCAAGGCAGAAAUGCUUUUGGGGGAGGCUGGGAAUACCUGCGCCCAGGAGCUGUGUUGAAGCUGGUAGACCCCCUUAGGAUAACUCAGUGUUUCUUUAGAAGGGAGAGAGGAGGGGGAGAAGGUGGUCAACCCUCACCUGUUAGUUUUUACCACUAAACUGGGGCAGCACCUGUAUAGACCCCAGUACAGAAAGUUACCCUCCUCAAGAAGGAGUUUCGUUUGCCCUAAAUACUCGAACUUUCUGGGGCUUUCACCAAAAGUCAACAGAAUCUUUUGUAGGGUGCUUGGCUCAUUAUAUUUUAUUCUCUGAUUUAAAUAAGCCCUCCUUAAACCUUAGCCCCAGUCCCGAGAGCUUUGAGGGAAGCUGAAACCCCUUUUUUAAUAAAGCCAAAAUCUGUGAGAA